AGGCUGAGGCAGGAGGAUUGCUGUGAGUUCAAGGCCAGCCUGGGUGACAUAACAAAACAACAACAAAAGUCAUCUUAAGUGAUAUCCAAUCACCUAUAUCCCAUGAAGAACCAAGUCCGAGGAAAACUGCAGGUUAAAGAUGAAACUUUUAAUUAGAAGCUCAUGGCGCCCCUGGACCCACCCAGCACCAUAAGCGGGGGAGGAGCGGGUUCAUCCCCUAGUAUGCUGGUAAAGCACCACCUAGGCCCUGUCUUUGAGCAUGCGUUUGCAUGUCGGGGUGGGUGCCCUUUCGGCCCCUAUGUGAGCGUCCCUUGUAGCCAGGGCUCGAGGUCCUUUCUUGAGGCCCCCAGGGCAGAUGCUGUAGCUUAGACCUUCGCGGUGCGACCCCAUCAUGUGCCCCAGGACCGCAGGCCUCCUUCUGCCAGAGGAUGGGGAAGGGCCGGGCUGGGGGAGUUUGCUUUCUUCUGGAUGCGACCGCUAGAAGCCAGGGCUCCGCGUGCCACGCCUGCGGCUCAGAGCCGAAGUUGUGAGCGGGCGGGGACGCCGGAGGCCAGGCUGCCGAUCUGCGCGGAUCGCCUCCGGGAGCCACCGCGGGGCGGGCCCCGGCUCGUCGCUCAGUGCUUCGGCUCUGCCCUCGGCGGCAGCCGGAGGGGUGACGGGGAAGGGAGAGGGAGAGAGAGAGAGCCGCCCCGAAAUUCUACCUGCGGCCGCGGGGCAGAGCCCUCCCGGAGUGGUAGCGCAACAGCUGGGAGAUGCGAGCGCGGAGGGGAGGGGAGCGGAGCAGGCUGGGCUGAGCGGUCUGCCCCGGGGUGGAGACAAAGGAGGCUGCCGAGCGGUUGCUCCGCUCCGCUGCGGGGCCGGCCGAUCGCGCUCUGGGACCCUGCUCCCACAGCGCCCGGCGGGGUCCGGGAGGAGGGAGCCGGUCCGGAGCGGCUUCACGCGCUGCGCCGGACUUGCUGGACACCUCGCCCCUCUCGGAGGCAUGCCUUCGUCCGUGCGCUACCUCUUCGUCGCUUCCGUCUCUGCCGUCAUCGUUUUCAUCGUGUUCUAUGUGUUCAGCUUUGGGGGCUCGCAAAGCUACCAGAGGCUAAACGUCUCCGACACGCUGAUGCUGACUCAAGUCUGCGCAUCCUUUACCAGCGCGAGGGCCCCGUCGCUGUGGAGGACCAAGCUGGUGAUCUACCAGAAGCCUUCUUGUCCGGAGUACCUGGCCCAGAGCCACUACAUCACGGCGCCUCUGUCUCAACAGGAGGCUGAGUUCCCCUUGGCGUACAUCAUGGUGGUCCAUCACCAGUUUGACACCUUUGCAAGGCUCUUCCGGGCUAUUUUCAUGCCUCAGAAUAUCUACUGUGUGCAUGUGGAUGAAAAGGCGACGGCUGAAUUUAAAGGCGCGGUGGAGCAAUUGCUGAGCUGCUUCCCCAACGCCUUCCUGGCCUCCCGCACCGAGCCCGUGGUCUACGGUGGGAUUUCCAGGCUCCAGGCCGACCUGCACUGCUUGAGGGACCUGGUGGCCUCCGAGGUCCCCUGGAAGUACGUCAUCAACACCUGCGGGCAGGAUUUCCCGCUCAAGACCAACAGGGAGAUCGUCCAGUACCUGAAGGGAUUUAAGGGGAAGAAUAUCACCCCCGGAGUGCUGCCCCCGGCGCACGCCGUCGGGAGGACCAAGUACGUGCACCGAGAGCACCUGGGCCGGGAGCUGUCCUAUGUGAUCAGAACCACAGCGCUCAAGCCGCCGCCCCCGCACAACCUCACCAUUUAUUUCGGCUCUGCCUAUGUCGCUCUGUCCAGAGAGUUCGCCAGCUUUGUCCUCCGUGACCCUCGGGCUGUUGAUCUGCUCCAGUGGUCCAAGGACACCUUCAGUCCUGAUGAGCAUUUCUGGGUGACACUCAAUAGGAUUGCAGAACAAGACAGGAAACCAAGAUAUACAGAGCACUCUGCAGCCUUCAUGGCCGUGGCAUCUGACUCUGCCCCAGCACGGCGGGGCCUGACCUAGAGAGGCUUGUCCACUCCUGAGACCCUUGUCUCCUCCAGCCCAAACCGGGGGUCAGGAGGCACCAGGGCCAGGUCUGUGCAGCGGCUUUCGCUCAGCAUCCCCCAUGCUCCACGUGGCGCUGAGAGGCAGCUGCUGUUGUCUCCACAUCCCAGAAAAGGAAACUGAGGAAAGAGAGUGCAAGUUCCUGGCCCAAGCUCUCUACAAAUCCAGCACUUCACUUGCCAACCCAGGCAUGGCAUGGGAAGGGGCAUCGUCGUGAGGGCCUACAUGGGUGACCUGACUGUUUUCCAGGGGAUCCCACUUCCAGCAGGCUUGACGAGGGAUUGCGACAACACUGAGGUUGCAAAAAGUAGCCCUGUGGUUCAGCGCUGGAGCAGAGCUGGCCGCCUGUGGAUGC